CUAUCUAAGUCCACACUCCUGAUUCAAGCGCGUCAACUCCUCUCGUCUCCUCUCUUGAAACACUCUCUCAGCCAUGCAGUCCAGCUACAGCAUCACCGGCGGGCCCGUCAUGAUGAGCAGGCAGAGCUACAGCUACUCAUCCAGAGCCGCACCCAAAGCUCAGAGCUUGUCCGGACUGAGCCUCAGAGGUCCUCGCAUCUCCUCUUCCACCAUGCACAGUGUCUCAUCCGGGUUCGGCGGCGGCUACGGCGUCGGGGCCGGCAGCUUCGACCUGUCCAGCGCUUUGGACCAGAACACCAUUCAGCUGAACGAGAAGGCCACCAUGCAGAAUCUGAAUGACCGUCUGGCCAGCUACCUGGAGAAGGUGCGCUCUCUGGAGGCCGCCAACGCAAAGCUGGAGAAGCAGAUCAGAGAGUACUACGAGCAGAAGGGGCCUGCAGCCCAGAAGGACUACAGCAACUACUGGGCCAUCAUCAAUGACCUGAAGGACAAGAUCAUGGCCGCCACCGUCGGCAAUGCCAACAUCCUCCUCCAGAUUGACAACUCCAAACUGGCUGCUGACGACUUUAGAACCAAAUUCGAGCAUGAGCUGAUGAUGCGGCAGUCGGUUGAGGCCGACAUUGCCAACCUCCGCCGCCUGCUCGACCAGACCACUCUUACCAAAGCCGACCUGGAGAUGCAGAUCGAGGGUCUGCAAGAUGAGCUGGCCUACCUCAAGAAGAACCACGCAGAGGAACUGGCAGCCAUGCGAUCACAGCUGUCCGGAACCGUCAAUGUGGAGGUUGACGCCGCACCUCAACAGGACCUCAACAAAAUCCUGGAGGAGAUCCGCGCCCAAUACGAAACUAUCACAGAGAAACACCGCCGCGACCAGGAGGCCUGGUUUAAUGAGAAGUCGGCUGCCUUGACAAAGGAGGUGACCAUCAGCACAGAGACCAUCCAGACGUCCAAGACAGAAAUCGGAGACCUGAGACGUACGCUGCAGGGCCUGGAGAUCGAGCUGCAGUCUCAACUCAGCAUGAAAGUGGCACUGGAGAACACGUUGGGAGAGACGGAGGCUCGUUACAGCGCCAUGCUCGCCGGCUUCCAGAACACAAUCAACAUGCUGGAGGCAGAACUAGCCAAUGUGCGCGCCAGCAUUGAGACGCAGGGCCAGGACUACAGGAUGUUGCUGGACAUCAAGACCAGGUUGGAGCAGGAGAUUGCGACAUACAGGAGCCUCCUGGACACAGAGGAAUCCAGGCCAAUUGGUUCAGGGAGCUCAAAGACCACCGUCACAACCACCACUGUGCGCACUUCCAGCUAAAAGGCUCGAACCUCCAACUGGCAGGACGACAAAUAACAUGCACACACAUACACACAGUCUCAUAAAAGCUGUUCCACCUGAUACGUGAAAUAAGCCUAAAAAAAGUAGCUGACAGAAGAAGAAAGUUGAAGACCGUGCUUAAGCUUGAGAGGAGAUGAAAGACUGCGUUAAAGUUAAUAAAGCAGAAGAAACGUCUGUUUGUGUGUGUUUACAUGUGCUGUCUAAACAAAAUAAACCUGCUGGUAAACAUAA